AUGUCGGACAAAGAAAAAGAAAUUGUUGAUCACGAGGAAGAUCAGUCGGGUUCAGAAGGGGAAGGAGAUGACGUCAACAGAGACUCCAUAACCGACUCUUCUGAAGAGGAAGAUGAUGAUGACAACGAAGAAGAAAUUCAGAAAGUUCGUGAGGGGUUCAUAGUGGAUGACGAAGACGAAGAAAUAGAAUCGAAAAAGAAAAGAAGACACAAGAAAAGAAAGAGGGAAAGAGAACGUCAAGAGGAAAACGAUGCAUUGGAUGAAGAUGAUCUCGAAUUACUUUUGGAGAAUUCUGGUGUCAAACCACGCGGUCAAGGAAAUAAACUCAAAAGAUUAAAGAGGAAAACAUCAGAAGAGGAGGGUGCUUUACAAGCGGAAGCAUCAAAAGAAGGUGAGCGUCAGUCAAGAACAGCUUCAGCAGUACCAGAUAUAUUUGCUGAUGAUGAUGAUGAUGAAUUGGAUGAGGGGUUAGCAGACCACGAUUUAGAUGAAAGAGAAGCUAUACCUCGCGAUAGAUCAAACAUAUUGGAUGAGUUCGAGGACUUCAUUGAGGAGGACGAAUUGUCGGACGAGGAUGAAGAGACAAGAAAGCAAAGACAACUCGAAAGACAGAGGGUGAAGAAGAGUGGUCCAAAACUCGAUACGUCCAAAUUGUCAAACGUGGACAGAAAGAGUUUGCAAGAGUUAUUUGAAGUCUUCGGUGAUGGUCGCGAAUACGAAUGGGCAUUAGAUGCACAAGAGGAUGAAGACUUAGGUGCUGCAGGUAAUGAGGACCCAACAUCCUUAGACGAAGUGUUUGAACACUCUGAGUUGAAGGAACGUAUGUUGACGGAAGAGGAUAACUUGAUUCGUAUCAUCGAUAUUCCAGAACGAUACCAAAAAUACCGCUCCUCUUUAACAUAUAUUGAUCUAGAUGACAACGAGUUGGAGCUAGAGAAGCAAUGGGUUGCCGAUGCCAUGUUGCAAGAGAGAAAAGCAUUCAAAGGUGGCUUCUUAGAGCAACCAUUCAAGGACGCAGUGGGUCAGGUUGUGGAAUUUGUGUCAAAGAAAUCUUACGAAGUGCCGUUCAUUUGGUCCCAUCGAAGGGAUGACUUGUUGUACUCGGACUCCGAAGGCACUGGAGUACAUAAAUUGUUGUUUGAAGAUGAUUUAUGGAGAAUAGUCAAAUUGGAUAUCGAGUACCACUCUCUUUAUGAAAAACGUAUGAAUAUGGAAAAAUUAAUUGAAGAAUUGGGUAUUGACGAUGAUUUAACCAUGGAUUUGAAGUCUUUAAACACAAUGGUGGCUGUUCAAGACACGCAAGACUAUAUUAACUUCAACUAUGCCAAGGAGAUUCAAAACUUGUCAAAUAAAGAGAAUCACGAAGAGGGAGACUCGGAUGAUAAGGCCAGAAGUACAAACAAGAGUAAGAAACAUUCGAAAUAUGCUCUAUUCGACAGAAUCAAAUCCAAUAUUUUGUAUGAUGGUGUCGAAGCGUACGGUAUCACUGCCAAGCAAUUCGGGGAGAAUGUACAAGACCAAAGUUCGCAAGGUUUCAAUGUGACGUAUAGAAUUCAUGCCACUGAUGACUCACAGGAGUCUCCUGAUUUCGUAAUUGACAAAUUGGUUGAUGACGAGGAAGCUUUGUUUAGGGAUCAAAAGACUGCCAAAGAUGCAAUAAGACGUACGUUUGCAGAGGAAAUUUUUCAUAACCCAAAGAUCAGACAUGAAGUAAGAUCUACUUUUGCUUCCUUUGCCUCAAUCAGUGUCGCUAUCACUGAAAAGGGAAGAAACACUAUUGACAACUAUAGUCCCUAUGCCGACAUUAAGUACGCCAUUAAUCGUUUCCCUUCGGAACUUGUGCAGACCCCCGAUGUAUUUUUGAGAAUGUUGGAGGCCGAAAAAUUGGGCUUAGCUGUGGUCACCGUUGAGCCAAGACAUUUUGAAGACUGGUUCCAAAGUAUAUUCAACUGCUUGAAAUCAGACGGAUCUUCUGAAGUUUCAGACCAAUGGAACAAAGAAAGAGAGAUUGUUUUGAGAUUGGCGUUUAAGAAGUUGUGUGCGAUGGUUGCCUUGAAUACCAAGGAAGAUUUAAGACGUGAAUGUGAGAGAUUAAUUGCUCUGGAGGUGCGUACAAAAUUCGUCGCAAAGCUUGAUCAAGCCCCUUUCACGCCAUAUGGAUAUGAUAGGGGAACAAAACCAAAUGUGUUGGCCUUGACAUUUGGUAAAGGUGACUAUGAUAGUGCUGUUGUGGGUGUAUUUGUCAAAGAUUCCGGCAAGGUUCAGGAUUUUUUCAAAUCCGAUACCAAUCCGAUCAGAGACUCAGAGAGUGAGGAAACAUUCAAUGGGCAAUUGAAGGAGUAUUUUGACAAAAAUUUGAAAUUCGAUAAACCAGAUGUGUUGGUGGUUUCCGGCUUCAAUGCCAAUAGUAAAAGAUUAUACGACAUCUUGACAAAAUUUGUUGCAGAAAAUGGCAUUACUGUGAAUAUUGAGGAGGUUGAUAAGUCUUCUCAGGUACCAUUGAUCAAUGUAAUCUGGGGCCCCGAUGAGACUGCUAGGUUGUAUCAGAACUCAGAAAGAGCUAAGUCUGAUUUUCCAGACAAACCCCAAUUAGUUAGAUAUUCUAUUGGAGUCGCCAAGUAUGUUCAAGAUCCCCUCUUGGAAUACAUCUCUUUGGGUCAAGAUAUUUUGUCGCUUUCUUUCCACGAGCAUCAAAAACUCAUACCCAAUGAUUUGGUGAACGAAGCAUUGGAAUCAGCAUUUGUUGAUCUUGUUAAUGUGACUGGUGUUGAUAUCAAUAUAGCUGUGCGUGAUUCAUAUGUGGCACAAGCAUUGCAAUAUAUUGCCGGUCUUGGCCCGCGUAAGGCUUCAGGAUUGGUGAGAAACAUAGUCAAUAACUUAAACUCCACUUUAAUCGCAAGAAGCGAUUUGAUUGAGGAAGAAUUGACUACCGCCAACAUCUUUAUUAAUUGUGCUUCUUUCUUGUAUAUCCCCGUUGACAACCAAGUUGAUACGCUUUCCUCGGCGGUUGAGUUGUUAGAUGCCACCAGAAUACAUCCAGAAGAUUACGAAUUAGCCAGAAAAGUAGCAGCAGAUGCUAUUGAUAUGGACGAGGAGGAUUUUGCAGAGGACCAUUCUAGUGCAAUCCAAAAGUUGUAUAGCGAAGAUGUCACUAAAGUCAACGACUUGAACCUUGUUGAAUAUGGUAAGGAGUUGCAGAUCAAGCUCAGUAAAAAGAAGUUUGCAACUUUGUUGAUGAUUAAAGAUGAAUUGGUCAACAACUAUGAGGAGUUGAGAAGAAAAUUUAGGAUUAUGGACGAUGUUGAAGUUUUCACCAUGUUGACGGGAGAGACUCGUAAAUCAUUUGGACGUGGUCUGGUGGUUCCUCUUACUAUUGUUAAGGUUGGAAAGAAUUAUCGUGACCCCACAGCCAGGAUUAGAUUCGCCAAAGGUGUCACAUCAUCUAUGGUGCAGGCAAACAUCGAAGAAGACAAGAUUCCAAGUGAUCUCGAUCUUGUGCAGGGACAGGUGGUGCAAGCUGUUGUAAUCGAAGCCUUCUACGAUUCAUUUACAUCAGUGAUGAGUUUGUUGAGAGAUGACAUAAAACGAGCAUCGACACCAAGGAUUGUUAAGGAGAGCAACAAAUGGAACUUUAGAGCCGAGGAAGAGGACUGGCAAAGAGAGAGGGAGAAGGAGAAAGCACAACUUGCUAAGACGAGGAACAUUCAGCAUCCAUUGUACCAUAACUUCAACUAUAAACAAGCCGAGGAGUUUUUGGCUCCUCAAAGCUUGGGGGACUGUGUUAUACGUCCAUCAUCAAAAGGUCCCAAGUACCUUACCAUUACUUGGAAAGUGGGCAAUAACUUGUUUCAGCAUCUCUCAGUGCAGGAACGUACGAGAGGUAAAUUCAAAGAGUAUGUUGUUGAUGGCAAAACCUACUCCGAUUUGGAUCAAUUGAUUUUCCAACAUAUUCAAGCCAUUUCGAGAAAAGUUGAUGAAAUGGUUCAUCAUCCUAAAUUCAGGACUGGUACGAUGGCGGAGGUCACUGAAUGGUUGGAGUCGUAUACAAAGGCCAACCCAAAGAACUCAGCUUAUAUCUUUUGUUAUGAUCAUAAGAAUCCAGGAUACUUUUUACUUUUAUUCAAGGUGAAUGUUGACACUCCGAUCAAGACUUGGCAUGUUCGCACAGAAACGGAUGGUUAUGCAUUAAAAAACUUUUUGUACACUUCGAUGACAAAAUUGUGUAACGGUUUUAAGCAAGUGUUUAAGUCAUAUUCCAAUCCCCUGAGCCAAGCUGCUCCGUCUUCAGGAUAUGGAUACAAUGGAUAUUAG